CUGAGGAAGUGCAGUGUGCAGUGCAACUUCCACCUUGUGGCUUUUGCCGUGCGCUGCAGCACAGCACAGCGUAGACUAGGGCAUUGGACAAAGCCAAGCCUCAGAGGCCCUGACAGCGGGGCCUCAGGGCUCAGGGGGCUUCUGGAGGCCGGACGCAGCGUCAUGGCGGCAGCCCCUGCGAAGCACGUGGACGCUGUACUCGACGGGGACGGCGCCGGUGUCGACGGAACGCGGGACGAACUGGACUGUGACGUGUGUGGUGAACUGAACCCCGCCCUCAGGCCCGACGGAAAGCCUCGGUUUAGGAGAACCCGCUCGCUGAACGCACCCAGCCCCAUCCAGCAGUUCGGACCAUGUGGGCGCAUCAUGAAAAACUCGGCCAUGGUCAUGACGAUCCAAGACCCGGCCAGCCAGCGGCUGACUUGGUACAAGGCGCCGAUGGCCGUGCUGGUGAUCAAGAAGGUCCGCGACCCCACCGUCCUGCCACCAUUCAUGGAGCUGGUCGACUGGCUGACCGACGAGAAGAAGAUGAUCGUGUUCGUGGAGACGUCCACGGUGGAGGACCCGCUGCUGAAGAACAACCCCGCGUGGGCCGGCGGCCUCAGCAAAGUGCAGACGUUCACAGAGGGCACGGACGACCUGACGGACAAGAUCGACUUCAUCAUCUGCCUGGGCGGCGACGGCACGCUGCUGUACGCCAGCUCGCUCUUCCAGCAAUCAGUUCCUCCCGUGAUGGCGUUUCACCUGGGAUCUCUCGGCUUCCUCACUCCCUUCAAGUUCGACAAUUUCCAGGACCAGGUUGAUUCUGUGCUUGAAGGCCACACGGCCCUGACGCUGCGCUCCCGCCUGCGCUGCAUCAUCCUGCGGAAGGACUCGGACACGCGCUCGGCGCCGCCCAUCAACCUGCUGGUGCUGAACGAGGUGGUGGUGGACCGCGGUCCGUCGCCCUAUCUGAGCAACAUCGACCUCUACCUGGACGGCAAGAAGAUCACCUCCGUGCAGGGCGACGGCCUAAUCGUCAGCACGCCGACGGGCAGCACGGCGUACGCGGUGGCGGCGGGCGCCAGCAUGAUGCACCCGAGCGUGCCGGCCAUUAUGGUGACGCCCAUCUGUCCACACUCGCUCUCAUUCAGGCCGAUCGUCGUGCCCGCCGGCGUCGAGCUCAAGAUCGCCGUCUGCCCCGACAGCAGGAACACGGCCUGGGCCUCUUUCGACGGCCGGUCCUGCAGCGAACUGCGACACGGUGACAGCCUGCGGGUGACCACCUCCGUCUUCCCCGUGCCCUCCAUCUGCGCGUCCGACCAGAUCACCGACUGGUUCGACUCGCUCGACGAGUGCCUGCGCUGGAACGACCGCAAGAAGCAGCGCCAGCUGGACACAGCUGACGUCAUCUACCCGACCGUCGACGAGAGCCCGGCUGAGAGCUAGGGCCGCCGGCUGGGCCCUGCGGCGUAGAUGGCGCCAGGCUGUCUGGUGGACCAGAGCGCCCCCUAUAACACUCCACAGCCCGAGGCACAGAGGUCGCCUCGCCGACAUUCCAAAGUACUCCGAUAUCAAAGUACUCAGAGGAGGCAGCUUCAAAUGUAUGUGCUGUAUUGACUACCCGAAGUUCGAAGAGGUUGCCAAAGCGUUUCACAGUGGCCGAUGUUCUCACCGGACACCCGGCGAGUAGAGGACCUUUCAUGGCCGCCUGGUGGGCUGAACACCGGAAGAUUAGAAAGAGCCGCUGUGUGUGCGCUCCCCAGCGUACUCAGCACACGUACAUAGUGUAUGUUUUGUAACGUAUGACCCCCGUGUGUGGCGUUCCCCUGAGGCGUUCGUCUUCACAGUUGUCCAUAUGUGAACAUCUGAGUGGUAUUGUUUGAGGGAGACUAUCGAAUAAUUCCGGCAGCAUUUGUUAUGUUCUGUGCGGUAUCUGCCACACAAAUAUUUGCAUGUGCCAGCGUUCUUAUAAUGCUCCUAGGAAAGCCGUGUAUGCGCCUGGAAAUAAUCUACAGCGCUCCGAAAAUCGUUUUAUCAACCACCCAAGUGCCUACAUUUGGCUAAAUUGUUGGGCAGGAAUAAUGCGGACGUCCUAGACUCAUUUUAAUUGUGUAGUCAUCUUAUGCGCCACCGCCAUUAGACGACAUCGUAUUUCUUAGACCGAAUUAGUCCCAUUAUCUUUACUUGGUGUUGUGACAUGAUCUAAGGGUGUGGGAUGCUUUCACUCAGAAAACCCCGGUGACUCACUUGUAUGAGUAUGUUCGCCGCAAGUAUUUAAAGUUUUCUUCAGUAUCCUCGUAUCAUUCAUGACGAGUGUCAAACGCAACAGUGUCGUUUGAGUCAAGCUGUCGUUUAAAAGCAGUAACUGUCUGGUAAUGUGAAAGGGGCUCUCCAUCUUCCCUCAAAUAGAGCCAAGGUCGCUGAAAGUCUUCGGUAGCAAUAACAUGAUGUUAAAAUACCCUCGAACAAACUGCUCGACUAUUAGGAAAAUGCAGCGGGCAUUGUCAGCCCAGUGCUAUCUAUUCUUCCUAUUAUUACCGUUCUUCCGGUAUAAACUUCACACAGUGCCUGUACACAGAGAACCUCGCAGACUCUGUCCAAGUGCCUUACAUUCGGUAGACGGCGGACGGCUAAUAACUUACCCGGGCGCCACGGGAGGAUGCCAUGUGGUGACGUGUUUGGCGCCUUGCCGUCGACGACAGCCUGUGGACCGUCCAUUACGGCAUGUAACGGAGCGCUGUAUGGCUUAUGCAGUGAUGGUGGGGCUUAAUGUGAUGGUUUUCUAACGGCUGGCAAUAUGUCGGGGAAAGCCUCGAAAUUCCUUGGAUUAUUUCGCCAUCCGUCUUUAUAAAGGCACGACGUUGCUUAAUCUCCGGAUGUGUGUCAUUUGUCAUGACACAUAUCAGGUGUCAUUUCUUUUUCUCAUAGCGUGUGUCAUUUCUGCUGUUGUGCAUACAGGUGGACGUCACAUGUCGGAGAGCUCUCUAUGGCGAUGAUGUUGGUGAAUGUGUGUCAGUAGUUGAUAAUUAGACUCACUAUGCAAGUCCAGGGCAGGAUGUACAAGCGCACACUUGGCGAGAAGCCGUGUCAGAGUUCAACAGUCGCCCGUGCCUUCUAGGCGUUUGGUCAUCCGGUCCUCCCUGU